AUGCCUUCGCGCAAUGCCUCGUCGGCUGCAAUGCCGGGGCCGCAAGCAGCGAAGGGGGUUGGGGUUCCGAAGUGGCCCAAUCAUCUCCGACACUUCGGCCGCUACGGCCAUGACCGCACCCCCGAGCACGCCUACUCCAACUCGCCCGGCGAUACCGCCUCGAGCAGCUCCACCAUUCGGGAACGCCCCUCGUCUCGGCUAUCUUCCCGCCUGCGCGCCGAGCGACGAUGGACCGUCACCGUCAACGAGUCGUUUGCCCGUGACGAGGUCUUGUUGAACCUCGAUCUGAUGGGCGUCGGCGACGACAUCACCCCGGGCAGCCUUGUCGCUAUCGACGUGGUCAAGGCCGACUCGGAGAAGCCGCUGCAGAACCCGCACCACGGCCGCAGAGAUGGGGGCGCUGCUUCCUGCGCUACCGACAGGCGCUACAUCUGCGUCGCCAAGGACAUGCCCAGGGAGCUGAAGGCGCGGUACGCGACCGUCGAGGUCUACGUCGCAAAACACAUUGCCGACGCCUUCGGCAUGAAGAAGGGCACCCAAGUCACCGUGACUCCGAUCGACGCCAACAACCCGGCCAUCGAGGCUUCCCACGUCGAGCUCUGCUUCAAAGACCAGUAUCUCUCCCGGGCUGACAUGUGGCGCCUGGCCGUGGGAGAGCUCGCCCAGAGGACCGUCUACAAGGGCCAGAUGGUCCUAUUUCUGGGCACCGUCAAGGCUCAGGUGACCGCCGUCUAUGUCGAUGGCCGCAAGGCGCAGUCUGCCUUCUUUGGCCGCGACACGAAGCCCGUCUUCCGGAGCGAGUCGGCCCGCUACGUGCUCUUUAUCCAGAUGGCCCGCGAGAUGUGGGACUUUGACCCGGAUGGUUCUGGCGAGAUCAUGUUCAACAAGGUUGUAAACGGCUUCCUCCCCGCACUCUUCAAGAAGUGGGCCGCCCUGAAGGUGAAACACCUCGUCACCAUCGUUCUCUUUGCCCGCGUCGAGUACGACACGGGCAUCUCCACCGAGCUCGCGAGUGCCUCUGUCCACCAUGACUACUACACCGGCGUACAGCCUUCGGAGGACCGCCGCCCUUACAAAGAUUUCUAUCGCGUUGUCGUCAGCGAGAUGGGCAGCGGAGAGUGGACCAAGAUCCUGCAUCAGCUCAAGCGUGAGUUCAACUACUUCCGCAAGGACAUCAGCACAUACCAUCAGAAGGCGAUGGGACCCUCCGUGCCGGGGGCCGAGUCCGGCGAUCGGGAAGUGCUGGGGAACAGGAUCAAGGCCGAGGCGUCACGCGCCAUUCAUGGGAAUUUCCUCGAGGCCAUCAACAUGGCCUCCUCCCUCUUCGCUCAUGACUAUAUCGACCGAGACCUGACCAGGACCGGCGUCUCCGUGGUUGUCAUCAGCCCCGGUCCUGGCGUCUUUGAAGUCGAGUACGAGGCCCUCCGCCGCACGACCGAGGCGCUCGUGGGCAACGGUAUCGGCAUCGACCUGAUAUGCAUACCCAAGGUUCCCCUGCAUUCCGUACCCCUUUUCCGAUAUCGCAACCCACAUCCGCCGGCGCAUGCCCAGCGCAAGGCCAAGGUCGACCUCAGCCAAGGGAGCACGCCCAAGCAGGGAACACUUACGUUCGGGAGCUACGGCAGCCUUGCCGGCUCCUACUCGCCAAGCAAGAAGAUGGAUGGCUCGCGCCAUGGCGAACCAUCCGGCCCUCCUUCCUCCCAGGACGAGUGGGUGUCUGCCAUACCGCAAUGGCUUCACGUCUCUUACUGGACCGGGGCCUCUGAAGAGGAGCUGUCUUACCAGGGCAUUGCUCUAUCCGUCUCGGACGCGGCGCAAAGCCGGUCUCGCGACGAAUUCCCUAUCCGCUGCCGCAUGUACGACCUGCAGAUGAGAAGCGUCAUGGAAACAAACGAGAUCGAGACCAAGCCGCUGCACACGGAUCCCUGCUUCCCGCUCGGCGCAGUCCUUGCCAGCCAGAUCCCCGAACCGCAAUUUGACCACGAUGGCAAUGUCAUUGUUCGGAACACCCGCCCCCCGGAAACCCUGUUCGACCACGUGUUCGGCUUUCAGAAGUUCGCCCCCGAUCGGCACAGCAAGCCCGGCGAGAAGUCGCUAUGGAAGCAGUUGCAAGAGUACGACGACUGUAAAGCGCGCCGGCCGUCGCACCAGAGUACCAGCCAUCCCAGACGAUCCCGAGACCAUGAGGAUACCCCUAGGCGGCAGACAAUGGACGAUGCAAGCCUGUUGGGAACCUCCUUUACAAACCGCCGGUCCUCGACGGCAACUCACCAGACCCUGCCCGAACUUUCACCUUAUCACCGCCCUGCGUCUCAGACAUUAGAUGCCCCCCCGCCUGGCAGCCAUAAGCCGGGCAUGAACACUAGUAGUUCUAAGAAGUUCGAGUCCAUGGCGCCCUCGUCGUCCCCGAAGCCGCCCAAGUUCAUGCGUCACAUUAGCCUCGGUAACCGGGGUUUCGGGAUUGCCGCUCCCAAGGUGGCGACGGCAGAGGUGGUCAAGGAGAGCGUGGGUGCGUCCAAGACGGUGACGCCGUCUCGCAGUUCGCAGGACCUACGGAUGACUCCAUCCAAAGCCGGUCAACGCCCCUCGUCCUCCCGUGGGUUGAACCCAGGAACGCCCGCUUCCACAACACUUUCACAGCCCGGUCUUUCGCCCUUCUCGUUUGCCGCCGGCCCUCAGUUUCCCACGGACUCGCCGACCCGGCCUAUCGUAAUCAGGAACCGUUCACUCGAGCCUGCCGCAAACAUGCUUUCCGGUUCACUCCUCGGGACGACGCUCCGGCCGGAGCUGGAGGGCCAAGACCGCGACUUUCAGUAUUCCAACGCUAUCAGGGCGGAAGACGCCAAGAAACUCUACAACUCCAAACUUCUCGCUGGGGCUAUACCGGAAUUGCCAGCUACCUUGUCCCCGAGGACCGCUCUCUCGCCCUGGCUUACGCUGCUUAACCCGUCCAACCCGGACACGAACGAUGUCGACGUGGCCACGCUAUACAGCCGUUGGCAGCACGUCUUCCCGAGGCCCCAGGAAUUGAGGGUCAUGAAAUGGAAGAGUCUGUGCUCUCCCGCCGCCGUGCCGCUCACGACAGAGUACUUCCCCUCGAAGACGCAGUUUGAGACGGAAUACGAGCGCCAGCCCUACAACGUGUCGCAGGACCUAGACGACGAGCUUCAGGAGGAGCCGAGGUCGCGUGAUGAACUAUUGCGCGAGCUGAUCGGCCUCCGGUUCUCCCAAGGGUUUCAGAUCGUUGUUGGCCCGGCCGUCGCGAGGGCUUUUGGUCAGAAGCAGAUCAAAAUCGCCGACAUCUUCUCGCGGGACCACGUGAUGGAGGACGGCAUGAGCAUCUUCAUGACUGUCGGCAACACCAUCCACCAGCUUUCGUGCGUCAAUGGAACCGAGGUCGAGGUGAACAUUUUUGUUCGGAAACCGACCGAGCCCCUCUCGCCGUCCUACCCCGCGCCCCCGCGAUACAAGCCGGCGGUCCGGACCCUCCUGGAUAGCGACUACACGACGAGCGAGCUCGACCUUGUCCCACAGAGAGUGGAGAGGAACUGGAACUACAUCGACGCGUUCGUCGCAGGCCACAACAACGAGUUGACGGAGCAUCUCCGGUUCUGGCGUGCUAGGUUUGUCCUGAUUCCCAUGACGGGCCGACGCUCGUCUGUGCCGGGGAUUGAGACCGGCGACAGCGAGGAGGAGAUUCGGAUCGAAGGCAUCAGGAAGCUCGCUCAGAUGUGGCAGAGGCACCGCUACAUCCCUCCCGGCGAGCGGCGGCUCCAGGGCGCAGGCGCCCGCGCGAAGAAAGACAUGAACCCGUUAGAUAUCAUCUACAAGACCGAAGAUGCCUCCGUGGUCAUUGCGGCCGAGCUCGAGACGCUGCCCCUCCUGGAGGGCCCGGACCGGAAAGGCCAGCUGGUGAGGAGCCGCCAGCAGUUUUCCAAGAAGAACCUGAACCUGGCGGCGCUCGCCGAGGCAAUCCAACAACCGGUGGAGAACGGCGGAGUCAGGAUGCAGAACCGUAGGUGGCACUUCCGGCUGCACUACAACUGCUUCAUCGGUUCGGACAUGACCAGCUGGCUUUUGGAUAAUUUUGAAGAUCUCGAAGACCGCGAAGAGGCCGAGGCUCUGGGCAGGCGCCUCAUGGUUUCGGACGACAAGGACGGGAAGAAAGAGGGGGGCUUGUUUGUGCACGUCGAAAGAAGGCACCCAUUCCGGGACGGGCAGUACUUCUAUCAGAUUAGCAGCGAGUAUGCGAAGCCACACCCGCCCAGCUGGUUCAACACCAAGCGGGGCCAGGGACCGGUCCCGUCGACGCCGACGACUGAGCAGCCACCGCGGGACGGACGACCAGGCUUCUCCCGGCCGAUAUCGAUCGGUGAGGAAGACUCGCCAACCUCGGGGUCGACGACACCGACGGCCCCGCAUGCACCGAGCGGGAAUAAGCCAAAGGUGAUGCUGAGCAGGGUCAUCAAGUACGAUGUGGACCACAGGAAGCGGUCGUACCGGCCCGAGAUCGUGGAGCUGCACUACGACAGGCUGCACAACCCGGACAAUUGCUAUCACAUCCGCGUCGACUGGAUGAAUGUGACGGCGAAGCUGGUCGAGGAUGCCAUAGAAAACUGGGGGCGUGAGGCUAGCCAGUACGGGCUGCGGCUCGUCGAGGUGCCCAUCGCCGAGGCGUGCGCCAUCAGCGAAUACAACCCCUUCCGGCGACCUUACCUGAUCAAGUUGGCCACGCCGCCACCGGACCAGUCACCCAUCACCUACUAUGACCCGACCUCAUUUACCCCCCAGGCACAGCCGGGCCGGCUGUUCUACCAAAAAGCCAUCCUCCGGAAAUUCGACUUCGUCCUCGACAUGGAGGCCGCAUCCAACUUCCCCAGCGACGUGGAGGUGUCGUACUCAUGGGGAAAGCCCGAUUUCAAGUACACGCAGUACAUCCACCGCUCAGGGUCGCUACUGGCCGAAAUCACCGACGACGGUCAUUUCCUGCUCCUCGCCAAUAGACUUUAUAGCAGCCGCGCGUUUGCUGCUCGUGAGAGGGAAAUGCAGAAGGAGCUCCGCGGCGAGCAUCAGCAUCAGCACCACCACCACCACCAGCAACAGCAGCAGCAGCAGCAGGGGCCUGCAGGAGUGGCAGGCACGCCGGGCUCAUACACGCCAUAUGGCCUGCCGACGCCCUCCUCUCCCGUAUCGUCCCCAGCCCUGCGGCCCACCACCAACACUGCCGCUUCGUCUUCCCUUCUCUCCCCGAGCAUCCGUCCCGUGCUCUCCGGACAAGCAGGCACUACUGGGACCCCAGGCCAGGGACAGCCGCAAUUCAGAAACAACAACAGCACUGGACAAGCCUGGUCGACCUGGACGACGCAGGAGCCGGAGUGGAUCAAGGACGAGCUGGAGGCGUUUUGCCGCGACGCGCAGGCGCUCGAGGCCUUCUACCGCGACCUCCGGACGGCGGCCCCGGCGUCGACGAACGCGGGCGGGCCGGCCGCUAUGACGCCUGCCUUUGCCCCGGCUGCUGCCGCCAGUACCAACGUACCCCCCGAGGGGAGCAUACCCGCCCUGGGGCUUCCGCCGGGAGUCCUGGCCGGUCCUCCUUCGUCCUCUGCUAGUGCGGCGGCGGAUGCAUCUUCUGCUGCCGCUGGUGGUGUCGGAGGAGAGGGAGGAACUGGCGGAGAGGGGGCUGCCGGACCGAGAGUGGCGAGUCCUAGCCCGGCCUAUAGGUCGGCCAGCCAGUUGCUGAGGAGAGGAAGCGUGCAGUAUGAGGGACUCCUGGCCGGCUUCUCGCUGAGGGGAACCAGGGAGGGGGGGGGGGAUAAGGAGAAAGAUCGAUAG